CUGCCACUGUCACUGACUAAGUCUGGCCACUAACAUCUCCAUUCUACCACUGGCACCGUCUUUUUUCAAGCCCUUCCCGCCCUCGCCGCCCCCCGCGACACUAAUGGCGCCUGACCAAGCGAAAGAAUAAUAUGUGGGAAUGUACCCAGGAGUGCCAGGUCCUGCGUCAUCACGCAGCCAGCUGCGACCUUGGACUUGCGCCCGUAACUUCGCUAUCCCUCGCUAUCCACACCCAUCGCAACCAGAGAACCGCCCCGUUGAUAUCAUCGCACAUGCGCACUCAGGCAAACACAGAAACCUUCUCACCCUACUUACCGUCUAUCUUGUCCUACAUCCCCAUUUCCGCGGCCGUGCGUGUUUGUUUAUUCAAUCUCGUCAUUACGCAUGUGUAACUAGAUACCUCUAUUCACCUACCUGUCUGAGCCACAAUGGCUACAACCAACGGCCAUGAUGGCCAAGCUACCUUCUACGACGCUGCGACCGGUUCCGCACGUGGGCCAACUCAGGAAGGCAGGGAAGAGACUGGAGAAUGGGAAAAGGCUUCCACUAUGCGACCCGACGAUGAGGCCGCUGCUGCACCGAAACCUGGAGACGGCGCUCUACAACAAAAAGAACAUGUUGGAAGAAGACCUGAUAUAAACGGAAAAGUCGAAUCAAAUCCUGAGAACUUUGAUAAAAUCGAGAUCACAGAGGAGGAUUGCUACGACGAGCUGGGCUAUGCCUGGCCAAGUUGGAAGAAAUGGACAGUCCUCACCGUCAUUUUCCUAGUCCAACUGUCCAUGAAUUUCAACACCAGCUUGUACUCGAACGGGUUGAAGGGCAUCUCCAAGGAAUACGGCGUAAGCGCGCAGGGCGCCCGAUGCGGUGCCAUGAUCUUCCUGGUUCUCUACGCUUUUGGCUGUGAACUUUGGGCACCAUGGAGUGAGGAAUUUGGUCGAUGGCCUGUCCUACAGCUCUCCCUGACUUUGGUCAAUAUCUGGCAAUUGCCUGUCGCUUUGGCUCCCAACUUUGCUUCACUUAUGGUAGGCAGAGCUCUUGGAGGUUUGAGCUCUGCUGGAGGUUCCGUCACACUUGGAAUGAUUGCCGAUUUGUGGGACGCAGACAACCAGCAGUACGCUGUGGCCUAUGUGGUCUUUUCUUCCGUCUUUGGCUCAGUCCUUGGUCCCAUUGUUGGUGGUUUCGUCGAACAGUAUCUUGCAUGGAGAUGGACCAUCUGGAUUCAACUCAUCUUUGGCGGUUUCGUCCAAAUUUGUCAUUUCUUCUUGGUUCCCGAAACUCGCACCACCAUCCUCAUGGACAAAAUUGCGAAGAAGAGGCGUAAGGCUACCGGUGAAAACAUCUGGGGUCCCAACGAACUCGAACCUUUCAGAGACCGUUUCUCGGUCAAGGAAGUCCUCAUCACCUGGAUGCGUCCAUUCAAAAUGUUCCUCACAGAACCUAUCGUCCUCACCCUCUCACUUCUGAGCGGUUUCAGCGACGCUUUGAUCUUCAUGUUCAUCCAGUCGUUCAGUCUCGUGUACGCACAGUGGGAUUUCUCCGUCUACCAGGUUGGCCUCAGCUUCCUUCCUCUCGGUAUUGGGUAUUUCAUUGCAUGGUUUUCUUUCAUUCCAGCCAUUAGACGAAAUAUCCACGAACGAAAGACCAAGCCAGGCGACGACAGGGCUCAAUACGAAUCGCGUCUGUGGUGGCUGCUAUGGACUGCACCUUGCUUGCCCAUUGGCUUAUUCGGCUUUGCUUGGACCAUUCAAGGUCCGCCGAUUCACUGGAUCGGAUCAAUGAUUUUCGCCGCCCUAGUCGGUAUCGCCAACUACUCGAUUUACAUGGCCACCAUCGACUACAUGAUUUGCGCCUAUGGUCCAUAUUCUGCUUCCGCCACUGGAGGUAAUGGCUGGUCCAGAGAUUUCUUGGCUGGUGUUCUCACUAUCCCUGCCACACCAUUUUUCACAAAUAUCGGCGGUCGCUACCAUCUCGAUGAUGCCGUUACCAUCCUUGCUUGCAUUGCGACUCUACUUGUUGUUGCAGUGUAUGUGAUCUACAAGUACGGACCGGUUUUGCGGAAGAGAUCGCCCUUCGCCGAAUCAUUGGCUCAUGCCAAACAAGACAAUCCCGGUAGUCGUCGUCCGUCGUACCUGCGUGCGUACUCCGGCACAACCCAGUCUAGAAGAGCUUCGCGUGUGAACCUCGAUACCGCCCGUGGACUAAAUUCGCGCCGACAGAGUCAGGCUUCUUUCCACAGACAGGCCGCUUCGAGACAGAACUCAUACCGACAGGAAUAGAGUAGAUGAUCGUGUGAGCGGAAUACAACAAAUCGUAUUGAAUCAUGUUGGCCUCUGAUCAGGUCCACCCGGUACAAGCACGAUGGUAGUGAUUGAAUAUACCCAUGAAAGAAUUUAGGUGGUCUUUUUGUAUCGAGGUUGGCAUGGGUCGGCUGGUUGUAAUAUGGUUUGCUCAGAAGAUAUACGUGUACUACUAGCCACUGAGAGAGAAUUUGAUUUCAAGAGUACUAAUGGAUCCCGGUCCAUUUGCGAUGCAUUCGGUCCAAUAUCAAAUCUCAGCC